GGCAGGACUGCAACUCGGUUCUUCAAUAUCAGUCCACAUCAAGGAGUCCGAUUCAGAUCCAGAGAAAGAGGAGGACGAAGUUAGCCCCGAGGUUGAUGACGAUGUGGUUGAAGCUGACCGAGGAAGGAUUCCGGGCGAAGGAGGUCCAAAAUGUCAUGAUUUCGUUAACAUUCCCUUCACAUUUUCUCUGGCUACUGGAAGAAAUGUUGAGACACAUGGUUUAGUGGGAAACACCUUCCACGAUAAAGCUCUCAACGACUCCUAUGUCUAUAAGGACUCGGAGAAGAACAUGCAGCCACAGUGGUUUACACAGAAUGGAAAUGAGCCCAUUUUGCUAACCAAUCAGCGUCACGGUGGGAAGACUGGAAUGAUCUACUGGCCUGGCAGUGAAGCUCGUUACAAUGACACCAUACAAUACGUGUCAUUUGGACUCUACAGUAAUGCCCCAACUCUACGCUUCAGAGUGGACAGAAUAAUGGAGUGGAUAACCCAACCGGACGUUAACUUCUGCAUGCUCUACUUCAAUCAGCCAGACUCAGCUGGUCACAAAUAUGAACCAGAUUCCAAGGAGGUCCUCGAUGCAAUCGAGCUAACAAAUGACGGUAUUGCCUACCUACUGCAGAGAAUCGAACAAGCAGACUUUCAGGGCGAAAAGCCCAACGUAAUUGUAACAAGUGACCAUGGAAUGAAUGCUGUUAGUUACAAGAGGGUCGUCAACCAACUAUUGAAGAGAUCUACCAAAGACUUAAAGGCAACCUCCCACAAGAAAGAAAAAAUUCCAGAGUCAUACCACUACAAAAACAAUCCCCGCAUAGCUCCAAUCGUUGUCAUCGCUGAUUUGGGCUGGAUGAUCCAAACAAUACCGUACACAAACACAUUGAACGGAAUGUACGGAUACAACCACUUGGAAUCUGACAUGCAUCCCUUUAUCGUCACCGCGGGCCCCGACAUAAGACAGAUUGGCCUAGUGGAUAGGUUUUAUCAAGUUGACGUCUAUCCACUUGUCUGCAUGCUACGGGGGCUAGACAAACCCAAUAAAAUAGACGGAGAAGCGCGCUGGGUGGCAACCUUCUUAAAACAAUUGCCAUCGUUAGCUGACAUCGAAAGAUUUGACCGAUGUGCCAAAGGAUUGGAUCCCAACGCUACUAACAUGGGAAAAAGAGGGAAUGAAAUGACGCCUCUUUGCUUGGCUCUCCUCGCCCUCCUUCACCACAUUUUCCAACAUAUGUGA